AUGAGAAAUGUGGUUUAUUUUAAGCUGAGAUCAUUUGUACUGAAUUGCUUGGAAACAGUUGGAUGCGGUGAUGAGCACGGCAAUCAAUUAGCUGACAUACUGAUUUGUUCGGAUUACCGAGGACAUUACUCACACGGUAUCAAUCGUCUUCAUGUCUACAUCAAUGACAUCGUUAGUGGAGCGUGUGCUGUUGAAGGUGAGCCAAAGAUAUUGAAAAAGAAAGGCGCAACAGCAUGGGUGGACGGUGCAAAUUUGUUGGGUCCUGUUGUUGGUAACUUUUGCAUGAAAUUGGCCAUUGAUAUGGCGAAAGAGGUGGGCAUCGGAUGGGUGGUAACGAGAAACUCGAACCAUUUCGGUAUUGCUGGAUGGUACGCGAUGCAGGCGAUGAAGGCAGGAAUGAUUGGAAUGGCAUUUACAAACACUUCACCGUGCGUUUUUCCCACUCGAUCGUGCGAGAAGGCGCUCGGCUCGAAUCCGAUUUGUAUGGGUGCUCCGGCCGCUGAUGGCGAUUCAUUUUUAUUGGAUAUGGCCUCCACAACGGUUGCCUACGGAAAAGUGAGUCCUUGA